UUCAGGUCCUGUAGGAAGAAAGUUGCUGAGUCUUGGAACAGAGCGAGAGUCAAUCCCAGGAAGGGAAGAAAGCCGAGGGAGAGGAGGGACGAGAGAUGAAGAAGAGCUCAGCCCGGGCCUGGGAGGACUCUUGGGCUGAAGCAGCCAGCCGGCGAUCGCGCCACUUCUGAGUCCGCGGAGAGGCAGCCCGGCGGCCGCAGCAGCAUUCAGGGGCGCGCCGAGAUCGGCCGGGACGCGCCGCUGCUAUGGACGCGGCUGCGGCGGUGUGAGAAGGCUCCGGCGUCCCGGUCUCGGCGCUGCUGCUGCCUUGGCUUGGUUUGGCUGCUCUAACCUGCCGGCCCGGCUGGAGUGCCCGGACUCGCGCCUCUUCCAGCCGGUCGGUGGCCUUUGCUGAAGCCCGCCUCGGACUGCACAAAAGUCUUUGGGGGGCUUUUAUCCCCCCCUCGCCCCGGCUGCGAUCGUCAUGUCCCCGGGGAGGGGGCCGCUGCCUUAUCCCGCCGCUGCCGCCUGCAUCUGCCUCCUCUCCUCCUUCUUCCACGGCGUUAGAGGUCUCAAUGUUUGUACACGUGGCAGUGCUACCUCCUGUGAAGAAUGCUUGCUGAUUCAUCCCAAGUGUGCUUGGUGCUUUAAAGAGGAAUUUGGCAGCAAAAAAUCUAUCACUUCAAGGUGUGACUUCACUGAAAACCUGAUUGCCAGUGGUUGUGCAGGGCACUAUGAGAGCACAAAAAGCAGCCUGAAUAUAGUGAAGAAUCUUCCUUUGAGCAGAAAAGGCUCCAUUGUGACUCACUCAGAUGUUACCCAGAUAAUACCUCAAAAGAUCUCUCUCAAUCUACGGCCUGGUGACCCAGCCUCUUUCCAUGUGCAGGUUCGGCAGGUAGAGGACUACCCCGUGGAUCUAUAUUAUUUGAUGGAUCUUUCCCUUUCCAUGAAGGAUGAUCUGGACACCAUUCGGAACCUGGGAACUAAGCUGGCUGAAGAGAUGGGAAAGCUCACCAGCAAUUUCCGCCUUGGGUUUGGGUCUUUCGUAGAUAAGAACAUUUCUCCAUUUUCAUACACAGCACCCAGAUAUCAGAACAAUCCUUGUACUGGUUACAAGUUGUUUCCGAGUUGUGUUCCAUCCUUUGGAUUCCGGCACCUUUUAUCUCUCACGGAUAAAGUAGACCGUUUCAAUGAAGAAGUUCAGAAACAGAGGGUUUCCCGCAAUAGAGAUGCUCCAGAAGGUGGUUUUGAUGCAAUACUUCAGGCUGCUGUGUGUGAGAAGGAGAUUGGGUGGCGGAAGGAGGCUUCUCACUUGCUCGUCUUCACUACAGAUGAUGUCCCACAUAUAGCUCUGGAUGGGAAGCUGGGUGGAUUGGUGCAGCCACAUGAUGGGCACUGUCACUUGAAUGAGGCCAGUGAAUAUACCGCAUCCAAUCAGCUGGACUACCCUUCCCUUGCACUUCUUGGAGAGAAACUAGCUGAAAACAAUAUCCACCUAAUUUUUGCUGUAACAAAAAGUCAUUAUGUUCUUUACAAGAACCUUACAGCUUUAAUUCCUGGAACAACAGUGGAGAUUUUAUACCAAGACUCCAGGAAUAUUAUCCAGCUCAUAGUCAAGGCCUAUAAUAGCAUUCGUUCUAAAGUAGAACUAACUGUCUGGGACAGUCCUGAGGAUCUUAACCUUGCUUUUACAGCCACUUGUCAGGAUGGCUUAUCGUACCCUGGUGUCAGGAAGUGUGGUGAUCUUCAAAUAGGAGACACGGUUUCCUUUGAAAUAUCAGUAGAAGCUCGGAGCUGCCCUGCCGAGAGUACCUCGCAUACCUUCACGAUCAAGCCAGACUGGUUUCGGGACACACUCGAAGUGACUGUCACCUACAAUUGCACAUGUGGAUGUACAAAGCAUAUUGAGCCAAGCAGCAGCAAGUGCAUGGGGAAUGGCACUUACAUGUGUGGAUUAUGUGACUGUGACCCAGGCCACGUGGGUGCCAAGUGUGAAUGUGAGGAAGGAGAGACUGGGAACCUGUACCAGAAUAUGUGUCGUGAGGCUGAAGGGAAACGUGUCUGCAGUGGCCGAGGGGAAUGUUCUUGCAACCACUGUGUCUGCUACGAGAGUGAGUUUGGGAAGAUCUACGGGCCAUUCUGUGAAUGUGAUGACUUCUCAUGUGCAAGAUAUAAAGGUGUUCUCUGCUCAGGUCAUGGAGAAUGUCACUGCGGAGAGUGCCAGUGUCAUGGAGGCUAUAUCGGAGACAACUGCAACUGCUCAAUAGAGACGGAUGAUUGCUUCUCCAACGAUGGUCAGAUGUGUAGUGGACGAGGCAACUGCAUCUGUGGGAAAUGUCAGUGCACAGAACCUGGUGCCUUUGGAGAUACUUGUGAGAAAUGCCCUACCUGCCCAGGUGUCUGCAGCAUUAAAAGGGACUGCAUUGAGUGUAUGCUGUUUAACUCAGGAAGACUGGCUGAUAACCAAACCUGCCAAAAGCACUGCAGGGAUGAGAUCAUUACACGAGUGGAUGUUCUCAAAACCGAUGACCCACAGUCAGUCUUGUGUGCUUAUCCCGUGAAGGACUGUGUGAUGAAGUUCACUUACUCAGAACUGCCCAGUGGGAAAACCAAUAUUACCGUCCUCCAGGAACCAGAAUGUGGUACUACUCCUGAUGCAAUGAGGAUCUUACUGGCAGUGGUGGGCAGCACUGUACUUCUAGGUAUUAUUCUCCUGGCAAUUUGGAAGUUGCUUGUAACUAUUCAUGACCGGCGGGAAUUUGCUAGAUUCCAAAGUGAGCGGUCCCGGGCAAGAUAUGAAAUGGCUUCCAACCCUCUAUACCGCAAGCCUAUUUCUACACAUAGCUUAGAUGCCACAUUCAACAAGCUCAACAGGACCUAUAAUGGUACGGUUGAUUGAAAUCAUGCUAAAGGAUGCACACAAGUGAGGGAAAUGCUUGACAGCUGCUCGGCUUCCUCGUUGUUUCCCUAAAGGAAGAAUCCUCUGCAGUGGGAGAAUAUCUUUAAAUGCAGGUUGAGCAUCAGAAGAAGGCUUCUAUUUGCACAUUAAGGACAAACAGCCCCUGGGGGCCCUGUGCUGCUCAGAUCUCUAGCCCAAAGGCCCAUUGAUGGGUGCAGAAUCUCAUUGAUGCAAGACUUCUCCGAUGCAUUGAAAAUGCCAGCUGAUUGGAUAUUGUGCCAUGCAGCAGCUUCAGACAUAUCUCUAGAGGAAAAGCUGUGGAGAAUGUUGCUGCCAAUUUUUAGAAGAAAACUAGCAUUGAAGAAGAUGGUGGAAGCAUUUUUAAGAAGACCCAGACGUUCUGCAGUCUUUAGAAUUUUUAAAAAUAAGAAAUAAAGCAAUUGAGUAUAUAAAUA